UUUUUUAUUUUAUUUUUAUGAUUUUUUAAAAAAAUUAAUUUUUUUGGGUUUGAUUUUAGGGCUUAAAAAGUAAAGGUAAUUUAUAAAUUUUGUUUCCGUUUGAUUUAGGGUUUUAGCUAAAGGGUUUUUCACCCAAGAAAGAAACAGAGUAAUAGAUGAGUGGGGCAGGAGCACCAGAUUUCUUCUACAGAGAAGCUCAACGCCUUGGCUAUGUUGCUCGCUCUGCAUUUAAGCUGCUUCAGAUACAGAAUAAAUACAAGCUGAUAAAGCCGGGUUCAUCUGUUCUCGACCUUGGUUGUGCUCCUGGUGCUUGGCUUCAGGUAGCUUGUCAGAGCUUGGGUCCCCUCAAGAAUGGCGGGAUGGUUGUGGGCAUUGAUCUCAAGAAGGUGAAAGUACCUUCUCUUCAUUGCGAUACGAGGGUGCAAACUGUUUGUGCUGACGUUAUGAAGCUCCCCAGAAUCCAAGUCAGGGCACUCUCUUCUCAGAAAAAGGGGUUCUCUGUGAUACUUUCAGAUAUGUGCCCCUUGGUUUCUGGAAUAAGAGAUAAAGAUUCAGCUUUAUCAGUCGAGUUAGGUUUGCGAGCAUUAGAUUUGGCUGUUGGUCAAGCUGCCUUAACUCAUUCCGAUGGUUCUUUUCAAAUGGAGGAUAAUUUUGACAGUUCAAUUGCUUGUUCCGACGAUAAUGGUGUAUUGCAACAGGGUGGCCACCUUCUCAUUAAGUUAUUAGAGAGUGAAGACAUGCAAGCCAGAUUUGCAAACCACUGUUCAGAAAGGUGUCAUGGUUGAGGCCUAAAGCUACAAGAUCUUCAUCAAGAGAGAUUUAUUUAAUAUGUCAAGGUCUGGAGUCAAAGGCAAAGAUUUAGAAUAUUACCCAAACUUAGGUGAAAUAUAGUAUUUACUGUAUUUUGAGCUCGUUCAGUGUGAUGCUUGUAUUUUGAGCUCGUUCUUUCAUGUCAUGUAGAGCAGCAAGCAUUCUACGUUGCCUAUGAAUAUAGAAACUAAAACUGAUUUUAAAUUUUUCAACUGUACCGAGUAUGAACUUGUAAUGAACUUUCAAGAAGUUUUAGCAAUAAAAAAAUAUGGUAUUACAAACAAGAUGUA